AUGCAUGGAGAUGCCCAUCGCAUAAUAACACAAGUCGUCUUCUCCGGCGCUCGAAUAAUAGGCCGUGCCGUCUCCGAAUCCUAUCGUCAAGCCGCCGCUUCACAGAAAUACGCAGCCGCCAGUCAAAAUGGUGGAGGCAGUGGUGGCGCCUUUUCGUCCUCCAACAUCACUAUGGACGAGGCCUGUCAAAUCCUCAACGUCGGUCCCGGAAAGAUGGGCAACAUCGAGAUAGAGGCCGUCACAGAGCGUUUCAAGAGGCUUUUUGAUCUGAACGAUCCGAAGAAGGGCGGAAGUUUUUACCUGCAGAGCAAAAUAUUGAGGGCGCGAGAGAGGAUCGAGAGGGAGGUGCAAGGACACCAACGGGUGGCGGAAAGGGAAAAGGAAUUAAGAGAGGGGUUCAAGCCAAAGUUCACAAAGGAUGAAUGA